CGCUGGGGCUGGGAGUCACCGCAGACGCCAUUUCCUCAGCGCCCCCGCGGCGGCGCGGCUGCAUCAGCGCUGACGUGAGGCCGACGUGCGGCUCCGCCCGGCCCAAUCCCCCCCACCCACUGUGACGGGGGCAGCACGUACAGGGCGGCGGUGCAGGGUUUGGUAGGAGAGAAAGGGAGCCAAAGAGAGCCAAACUUCUGUUUUAAAACACACCUUCCAUUAUGACUAAGUGUGCCAAGAAAUACGGAAAAGCAACCAUCAGGCAGAUGACCAUGGAAAUGGUUGAAUCACAACCGGAUGACAAUGCAGUUGAUUCUAUGCCAGAGAGAGAUGCUGGUCACCUUCAGAAUCAGCCAGGCCGAAGUCAGAUUUCCCGAGGAUCGGAGGUAGCAUCGAUUGCAGAUGAAUCUGCAGAAUCAGAAGGGAUAACUGAUUCUCAAAAACGUAGGGAAAUACUUUCAAGAAGGCCUUCAUACCGAAAAAUUUUGAACGAACUUUCAUCAGAUGUUCCUGCAAUACCAAAGAUUGAAGAAGAAGAAAAGUCAGAAGAUGAAGGAGCACCUUCUGGAAUUUCUCCAAUGGACAUGCCAACCAGCCUGUACCAUACUAACACAAGGCAAUACAUUACUAUAACUCAACGUGGUACAGUCCAGAUUUCUAAUCCAAUUUCUGAUGGUGCCCAUGGACUACAGACUUUAACAAUGACAAAUUCAGGAGCUCCUCAACCAGGUGCUACCAUUGUGCAAUAUGCAGGACAAUCACCUGAUGGCGCACAACAGUUUUUUGUUCCUGGAAGCCAAGUUGUUGUUCAAGCUGCCACUGGAGACAUGCCGGCUUACCAGAUUCGGACUCCCACUACUACCUUACCUCAGGGAGUGGUAAUGGCAGCCUCGCCAGGGACUUUGCAUAGCCCUCAGCAACUGGCAGAAGAGGCAACACGCAAGAGAGAGCUGAGACUUAUGAAAAAUAGGUCAUGAGCACUGCCUGUGAUUGAUGAAGGGAAGGCAAGGAAUUCUUUGUCAGUCAUCCCACAUCCUUAUAGCAUUGAAUAUUGGCUGUUAACUCUGCAAAGUUAGAGUUGACCGUACCACCAUGGAUGAUUAGUUCAGAAAUGUUAUGGUAAUUCAGAAAUCGGUGUUGUCCCUUUCUGAUAAUUUUUGUGAUGAUAUGGAGGUAUACUUAUUGUUGAAAUUUCUCCCUGCCACUCCUACUGACAGUAAAAUGACCGGUAGGGGUUUGGUCAUUCUAAAACAUCCCAGCAAAAAAUUGCUUAGGAAAAUAUCUGAGAAUCUCAUUAGCAGCUGUCCAUUAAUGAUGCUGUGAAGAGGACUUAUUCAAGGAUGGAAUGAUAAUUAUAGACUUUCCUAAAUAGCUGACUACUGGGAUAAGUUAUUGUGCAGUGCUUCUGUCAUUUUGUGAGGCAUGUUGUGUGAGGUGACUAUAUAUUUAUUUCUUUUAAUAAGUUUACAUGGACUUGACUGUAUGCUGUAAAUGCCAGUCUUUCUCUGUGCAUUCUUCUUGUUGUUCUUAGGGAACUCUUUCCUUUUUCGAGUGUGUAGCCACCACUAUCAAUGGCGGUUAGUUUAAUGGAAGAAAUAGUCUGUUGUGCAGAUCUUAAAUUCACUGAAUAGCUAUUUGCUUUAUGAUUGAAUUAAUGGUAUUGCUUUGCUCUCAUGCCUGUCCUCUAUUUUAAAUUACUCAUGAGGAUCAUUGCAUUGUUGUGCCUCCCUUUUGUUUCUCCUCUCUUCAGUUUUAGAACUAGUAUCUAUGUUAUCUCUCAUAUAACUUGCUGGAAAGUUACACACUCACAAUUUGUUGCGUUCCAAGAUGUUAAAGGAGUGGACUUCCACUUCUAAAACAACUUCUGGAACGAAUGCAUGUUCAGUGACAUGCUUCUGAAAAUACUACCUAAAGUGUUUAGUUUCAAUAUAACAGAAAUCUGAGCAGAGCUGUGAUAAUGGCUUCAGGCUGCCAUUUGCCGGCAGCAAAAAAAAACCCCAGACACAUGUGACCGAAAUGUGCCCAGGUGGAGAGUUCUAAAAUGCUAAUAAAUUGUAUUUUUUUGGACUUGAACUUUACUGUACAUAGUUAUGUUAAGGUAAUAAAAUUACAGCAAGUUGUAAGAUUGGCAUCUAGCUUUUUAUCUGAAGAGAGUAGUGUUAUGCUUGUAUUUUCUGAAAGGAAAUUCUUUGGCUUUGGUUUUAAGAUUUUGAUUGCAGAUGAUGAUACUCCUGAUAAGCGCACAAAACGGAAUGUGACUGGAAGAAGAAAUGCUGCUUUCAGUCUUAAUGUUUAGUAGAAUUCAAGUCAAUAUGUUAUCAUUUGCUUGCUGCUUUUCUCAGUUCCUCUGUGUGUUAUUAAUUCCAUCUUUGUAUUUGUUGAUGCUGAAUUUGUUUCGAGUUCUAGUUGUUUUGAAUUGUAUGUUAACGAUGUUAUUGCUUAUGGCUGUUAUUUGCUGUUCUGUUUGUGCAAUCAAAUGGUGGUUGUUGGUUGUUGUUGGUGGUGUUAUUGUGGAACUGCGGGGAUUGCAGGUAAUUUCAUUUAUCCAGUCUUUGCCAUAUUGUGGCUGUUCCUGUAGUCAUUUGCCUUGUAUUGG